AUGCGCUUCUCCGUCGCUGCGAUCGCUGCUCUCGCCUCUGGCGCUUCUGCUGCCGUUGCUGCUGGUGGCAGCAGCAGCGCUGCUCCUUCGGUCACCACUGAGGUCGUGACCUCUUACGAGACCUACUGCCCUGAGGCCACCAGCUUUGUCCACGGCAGCUCGACCUACAGUGUCACCAAGCCCACCACCCUGACUCUGUCUGGCGGUUCCUACACUGUCACCCGGCCUCUGCUGACCUCCACCGUGACCUACUGCAACUCCUGCGCCGGUCCUACUGCUCCGGCCGGUUCCUCUUCUGCCUCUGUUGCUCCCUCUGUGGCUCCGGUCUACUCGGGCAGCUCCGUCGCUGUGACCUCGACUCCGGCUCCUGUGGCCGCCACCCCGGCUCCUCCCAAGUUCACUGGCGGUGCCUCUCACGCCGCCGUUGGUGCCGGUGCCGGUCUGGCUGGUCUCCUUGGUGUGGCUGCUUUCCUCCUGUAA